AUGCAGAGAAAAAACCUCACAGAAGUGACAGAGUUCAUUUUCCUAGGAUUCUCCAGAUUCCAUGAACACCAGAUCACCCUCUUUGCAGUUUUUCUCAUCCUGUAUACAUUAACCCUGGCUGGCAAUGCCAUCAUCGUGACAAUUAUCCACAUUGAUCAUCACCUCCACAUGCCCAUAUACUUCUUCCUGAUCAUCCUGGCCAGUUCAGAGACUGUGUACACACCAGUCACCAUUCCACGGAUGCUCUCCAGCCUCACAGCCCAGAACCAGCCAAUCUCCUUGGCAGGUUGUACCACCCAAAUGUUCUUCUUUGUUACCUUAGCCAAGCACUGCUUUCUGCUCACAGUGGUGGGAUAUGACCACUGUGUGGCCAUCUGCAACCCACUGAGAUACACACUCAUCAUGAGCAAGAGGGUGUGUGUCCAGCUGAUGUGUGGAGCCUUCAGCAUUGGCAUGGCAGCUGUCCAGGUGACAUCCAUAUUUACCUAACCAUUUUGUCACAGAGUGGUUGGUCAUUUCUUCUGUGACAUCCUCCCUGCCAUGAAACUCUCCUGUAUUGAUACCACUGUCAAUGAGAUCAUCAAUUUUGUUGUCAGUUUAUCGGUGAUCCUGGUUCCCAUGGGCCUGGUCUUCAUCUCCUACGUUCUUAUCAUCUCCACCAUCCUCAAUAUCGCCUCAGCCGUGGGCCAGAAGAAGGCCUUUGCCACAUGUGCCUCCCACCUCACCAUGGUCAUGGUCCACUACAGCUGUGCCUCCACUGCCUACCUCAAGCCUAAGUCAGAAAAUUCUGUAGAACAAGACCUCCUUCUCUCAGUGACCUACACCAUCAUCACUCCCCUGCUGAACCCUGUUGUUUACAGUCUGAGGAACAAGGAGGUCAAGGAUGCCCUACGCAGAGCUGUGGGCAGAAACAUUUCUUAA